AACCCUUUUGCUUUCCAUCUCCACAAUAUUAUUAUUAUCAUUAUUCACCCCUUUUUCUCCUCUGCCAGAUCUUGAAGAAAGAUGCCUAGUGAUUGUUGAACAACAUCUCUUUCUUUUCUUCGCAUACACAUUUAAUUGCAUUCUGCAUAUUAUAUCAUAUACGAAGACUAAACCAGUUUGUUAGAGUGAUGGCGAAUGGUGGUGAGAAAGAGGUUGUGAUGUUUAGUGAGGAAGAGGUGAGAGAGAUGAGUGGGUUUAAGGUUGACGCGGGUGGGCACGUGGAGGUCACGUGCGGGUGCACUAGCUACUGCUAUGGUGAUGCUGUUGGUACACUUAGGGUGUUUGCUACUGGUGAUCUUGAAAUUAAAUGUGAUUGUACCCCUGGUUGUCAAGAAGACAAAUUGAGCCCAGCUGCUUUCGAGAAGCACUCAGGCAGAGAAACAGCCAGGAAAUGGAAGAAUAACAUUUGGGUGAUCGUUGAUGGAGAAAAAGUUCCCUUAUUUAAAACCGCACUCCUCAAGUACUACAACCGCGCUUUGACUUUGACCAAGACGGCCAACAACUCCCAAACUGGUCGCGUUUGCCAUCGCGACGAGUUUAUUAGAUGCACCCAAUGCAGUAAACUACGCAGGUUCCGCCUUCGCACAAAAGAUGAAUGCCGCACUUACCAUGACGCCUUUAUUGAUGAUGAUUGGAAGUGUUCUGAUAUGCCUUAUGACAAAGUAACAUGUGAUGAUGAUGAGGAAAGAGGAAGCCGGAGAGUGUAUAGAGGUUGUGUCCGGUCGACUACAUGCAAAGGUUGUACAACAUGUGUUUGUUUUGGGUGUGUUACAUGUCGUUUCUCUGAUUGUGGCUGUCAGACGUGCAUUGACUUCACUACCAAUUCUAAAGCUUGACUAAACCAACAUGAAGCCAGCCUUUAGAUCACAUUUUUUAGUUGUUCGGCAUUAUUUAAUCAUCACUCACGUUAACUUUCACUUGGUUUUGCAUUUCAAUUCAUGUACUUUGGAACACAUUGGGAUAUGAUGUUCGAUAUUGAUAUUGAUAUUGAUUAUUGACCGCG